UUAUUGAACCAAACCUAACUGCUCAAGAAUUUGGUAUGUAAAUUCACCUACUCUCCUCUCCAUUCAUGAAAAGAUCAGAGAAUACAUAUACAGAUGCACAAAGAGGUACUCACAUGGCUAAUGCAAAUCGUAUUGCUGGAGCAAUAUUCAAUUACCGUUGCCUUGUGGCUCUUCCCAUUGUGCUUUUGCUCAUUGCUGGCAUAUACAUGAAAGCCGCAGAAAAUAAGCAGUGGAUGGUAGAAGUGGAAUCUCGGGCUACAAAGAAUAACUCAUCAUCAGAAUGUAACUUGUUUAGGGGCAGAUGGGUAUUCAAUAACCAGUCCUACCCUCUUUACAAAGAGCGAAAAUGCUUGUUUUUGGCAGACGAGUUUGCUUGCGAGAAGUAUGGCAGGAAGGACUUGAAGUAUCAGAACUGGAGGUGGCAGCCUCACCAAUGUGACCUCCCAAGGUUCAACGCCACAAUUUUGUUAAAUAGGCUAAGGGGUAAGAGGCUUGUGUUCGUUGGCGAUUCGUUGAACAGAAAUCAAUGGGAUUCACUGGUCUGCUUGGUGGAAUCAUCAAUUCCUUCAACAUCUAAAUCCAGACAGAUCACUGGCAAUUUGUUCACCUUCAAGGCCAUUGAAUACAAUGUCUCUAUUGAUUUCUAUUGGUCCCCAUUGCUAGUCGAAUCAAACUCUGAUGAUCCGGUGAGCCAUAGUUUACCGGACAGAAUUGUUAGAGUUCAAGCAAUAGAGAAGCAUGCCAGGCAUUGGACUGAUGCAGAUAUAAUCAUCUUCAACACAUAUCUUUGGUGGCUAAGGCCUAAAAUGAAGGUUCUGUGGGGAUCAUUUGAAAGCCCAGAUGGCAUCUACAAGGAAAUAGAUAUGCUAAGAAGUUAUGAAAUGGCUUUAAAGACAUGGUCAGAUUGGUUGGAAAUCAAUGUUAACAGAACCAGGACAAAGCUAUACUUCAUUAGUAUGUCCCCAGCUCACCUAAGGGGUGACGAAUGGGGCACGAGUGCAAAUCAAAAUUGCUAUAAAGAAACCGAACCAAUUUUCCAGAAAGGCUACUUAGAAAGUGAAACAAAUCAGAAGAUGAUGAGAAAAGUAGACAGUGCUAUUCAGGAAUUAAAAUCAAGAGAUGUGGAGGUACAACUACUCAAUAUUACUCAGCUUUCAGAGUAUCGAAAAGAUGCUCAUCCGUCUAUCUACAGAAAACGAAGGGUGGCUAUAACUGAAGAUCAACUAUUUAAUCCAAGAAGUUAUGCAGAUUGUGCACAUUGGUGCCUUCCAGGAGUGCCUGAUACCUGGAACGAAAUUUUGUACGCUUAUAUUAUUCAGUACGGUGGCAUGUGUCGAAACUAGCAUUUAAGUGUAUCCUGUUUUAACGAUUUAAACUUUUAGAUGGUGCGAUUUAAUUUAAUAUGAGAGCAAGCAAAUGUCUCAUAUUAGAGUAAUGAAGCUACCUAUCUAAAAAAAAUAUGUGUAUGUCAAGUCUUUGAUUAAAAAUGAAUACAAAACCAGGCAUGAGAUUUUCAUCUCAUAUGGCCCGAAGAGUAACUAGGA